UUUCAGAUUCUGGUGAACGGUCAUGCCUAUACCAUCGAAGGCGAUGUUUACUUCUCAGUCGACACUUUCCCAGGCUAUUAUUGUCUAUCCGGACGAAAAUCGGACGAUAAUCGUGCUGGUGGAGGCGGUCGUGUUGCCGUUGAUAAAAGGAAACGCAACCCGGCUGAUUUUGCAUUAUGGAAGGCUUCAAAACCCGGUGAGCCAAGCUGGGACAGUCCUUGGGGUCCAGGAAGACCCGGAUGGCAUAUUGAAUGCAGUGCCAUGAGUGCGUACCAUUUAAGCCCUCGUUUUGAUAUUCACGGUGGAGGAAAGGACUUGAUGUUCCCUCAUCACGAGAAUGAAAUUGCCCAAAGCCGUUCCGCUUGCUCGCAAAGCCACGUGAACUAUUGGAUGCAUAACGGCUUCGUGAAUAGGGAUAAUCAAAAGAUGUCUAAAUCGGAUAAUAAUUUUUUUACGAUUCGUGAUGUGAGA